AUGGGUUUCUAUGGAGUCUUAAACGUUGGUGUCGUACAAUUCUUGGUACUUUACCGCGUGUAUGUCGUCUGGGAUAACCGAACGCGGAUUCGAAACGCCUUAUUAUCUGGAUAUGCCUUGGCGAUUGCUGCCGGCAUCGUAUUCACAAUCAUCGCAGUUGUGCAGGUGGCACCGCACUCGCUGUAUAGCAGUGAGCUUGGGUCGUGUCUGUUCACCACGAAGUCCUAUUAUUUGAUUGGGUCGUGGUCGGCCAUGCUCUUUUACGAUAUCUAUGUUUCUCUCUUACUCGUUGGAAAUUCCCUCAAUAAACCGCGACGUCACAAUACAGAGAUCCUUCGGAAUCUAUAUCGAGACGGUAUUUUGAGCUUUCUAUGUCUGUUUGGACUGCAAUUGGCGAAGCUGGUGCCCAGCAUUGUUGGGGGGCCGUCCGACAUGUUAUUGACGCCACUAAUCGCGUGGUCUCUGGACGGCGUGAUCGUCAUGCGCCUCUUCCUAAAAGUCCGAGAUAUCGAGGUCAAUGCGAGGAAGGGAUUUGGGUGGAAGUCUGUCACAAUGCUGGACUCCAAAACACAGCCCCAGGUUCCCGUUCUUGUAUUUGAAGAGGUUGAGAUGGAGGUCAUCUGA